CUGAGCUGCACAGCUAGCAGGUCAUUUUCCCGUAUGUCACAUCCUUCGGGACCAAGGCAGCAUGGGGCCAGGGGCAGGAAAUGGCAUAUUCCUGAAAUGAGGCAACGUUUUCCCAGGGUAGCUAUUGGUCCUUUCUAACUAUAAAAUAUACUCGUCCAGAAACAGCUCAAGAUUUUUCCUUUUUGGAGACACCCAGAAGUGAAGCAAGGGUAAGUUGGAAGUUUGAUGGGAAAUUAUUCAAGAAAAAUAGCCUUCGGAGCUCUGUUAACAUUGAGAUUAUGUCACUGAGCAUUGUAGUCAUGGAAAGGCUCCUUGUCCCCUCCCCGCAAACUGCGGAUUCUCUUCGGCGUUUCCAGGUGUUGUUGCUGGAUAGAAAGGGCAGACUGCACGGCCAGAUCCGGAGCCUUCGGGACAUCGUCCGGAAGAUUGAAAAACUGCGCAAGCGGUCUCUGCUGGCUAACAUCGCGGGUAGUUCCCUGAGUGCAGCGGGAGCCAUCACCGCCAUUGUGGGGCUGUCCUUGAGUCCCAUCACUCUAGGGACCUCUCUUCUGGCCUCGGCAGUGGGGCUGGGUGUGGCCACUGCAGGAGGGGCACUUACCAUCAGUUCCGACUUGUCCCUGGUAUUUUGCAACUCCCGAGAGCUGAGAAGAGUGCAGGACAUAGCUGCAAUUUGCCAAGACCAGAUGAGGGAAAUACUAGGGUGCUUGGAUUUCUUUUGCCGGGGGCAGGGCUGUCUGGACUGCCAACUUCUCCAGUCCGGGAAGAAGGCUUCCAUUGCGCUAUACAAUUCAGUCUAUUUUAUUGUGUUCUUCGGGUCACGUGGCUUUCUCAUCCCCAGGCACGCAGAGGGGGCCACGAAGGUUAGCCAGGCCGUCCUGAAAGCCAAGAUUCAGAAACUGGCGGAGAGCCUGGAGUCCUGUACCACUGCCCUGGAUGAACUCAGUCAGCAGCUGGAAUCUAGAGUUCAGAUCUAUGCAAAAACCAAACAUGGAAACCCCUGUUUGGACUCCAAGGAUUAUCUGGACAAAUAUGGAGGGAUGAUUUUUUGAGAGUAAAGAUAUUCCCCCAGAGACUAAGACUUGGAGCUGGAUUAGGAUGGACAGUGGUACACACACACACACACACACAAAUGGAAAAAAGCCAAGCCAACAAACCCAGCUUCUUCCUGUAAAAGGCAUGCAUGCUUUGGGUGUGCAUUGGAUUUCUGAGAUCUUUAUGAGUAUGUGACUUGAAAUGGGUGGGUCCUCAGAGGCCUUCUGUUCUCCCCACUGUGAUAUCCUGUGACUUAGUGCUGGGGACUUUUCCCAUGUAGCAACAGUAGCAUAUGUGAAUGGUAAUGCUAAUGUGUUCUGUGCCAGCAGAAUGUUUUCCUGUCACCAUCAAAAGUUUUCCAGUCACCAAUGCCAGGGAAAUAGUUAAAUAGUUAAAUUAAAUAAACUAGUUAAAUAGUCUUCUCUAAGUAUCCAGUGGUUGAAUGGGUACCUUGUAGAAUUACCAGAUUUUCAAGAUGGCCCCAGUUCUACUUUGAGCAGUUUGAGACCAAAGAGAGUUCAAGAGAUUUUUUUAGACUACAAGGGAUUCAAUUUGAGCCCAAGGUGAUUAGAAGGCCCCAAAGAUGGCUUAGGGAGUAAGGCAGAUGCUUCUGAUUUCAAGGAGAUCUAGAGAAUCCAGAACAAAAGCCCAGUUACAGAGACCAAAAAGGUGUUUUUCUGUCUCCUCUCUAUGAUCAUUCUCCCCAAUCCCCAAACAUCAGAAGUGUCUGGUUCAGAAUUCAAGGAAGGUACCUGAAACUAACCUGAUCCUCUAUGUUCCCCAACUUCCUCUGUUUAAGGAUUCAUCUUGGGUUUAGAGAGGACCACUUGGGGUGGCUGCAUAGUAAAAUGACCUGUCCUGAUCUAAUGAUUUCAUGGAUUUCCAAAGCUAAUACUUAGUGUGAGGUCCAAGGUAUCCUCCCUUCCUGCUAUUUGUUUAUGCCAGGUGGCAAGCUCAAAGGCAGUUAGCAUCCCUUGAGAUAAUAGAGAAAGAUCAGAUACCUGGGAAAGGAUGAAGGGAAGGGAUGAUUCCUCAAAAAUUCCUUAUUUUAUUAACUAAAGAAUGUGACACAUUCUAGCCUUUAGAGGUCAGUGUUGUCUAUACAUUAUAGAAACUGGUACAUCAAAGAAUGUAACUGUUGAGAAACUAACCUUUUUACCUUUUUUUUCAACACCCAUAAGGUAUUUUAUUUAUUUAUUUAAAAUUUAUUAUUUUAUUGCCUUGUAUUCUAUAAAUUGAAUUUUAUAUUAUUUGCAUAUUUUAAUAAUCACAGAAAAAUAGAUUUGGGAAAUGUUGGCCAUUAUCAUCAACUUCAUUUCCAAGGGCUAAAGUAUGGUCGAAUGGUUUCUGCAAAGUAGAUAGGAGAUAAGCAAGUGGUUGCUGGAGGUGGCAUCACUCCCUUUAAGGAGUUCCUUUUUGAUCUGUGAGGAAGAAUUCCUUUUUCAAAGUUUCUGUUAAGUAGGUAAAGUAAAUUAAAGAAAGAUCAAACAGUCUUCAGGAGUAAGGUAAUAUAUUUCUUAUUAUGUAAAUGAUUAAAAUAUAUGUUUACCUUUAAGGUACAUAUACUAACAGAUAAGACUUGACCUAGAAAGAGAAUGUGUUCAGUGUAGAAAAGAAUAACUUAAGUGAGGAGUUGUAUGAAACAAGUAUCUAUACUCAGAGAGUCUCGUGUCCUAUGAAGUUGUGUCUUAUGAUUGAUGGACAGUGGUUGGUGAGGUUGUAGUAAUGUGUCUGGUUUCAUUUGUUAUAGGUACAGGAGAUAGAGUUUUUUUUCCCUUGGUAGUUAGUUAGCCUUAAGAAAACGCUUAAAGUCUCUUGAAUUGACCUUUUUAUUAUUGUAACCAAGGACCAAAAAUAGAUUCCAAAAUAUUAGGAUCUACAAAGAAAUUGCCUGCCAAUGAUGGCAGAGAGCCUGAGGAAGUGCAAUUUCAGAACUUUGGGGUAUAUUUCUACUGAAUAAUGCUAAAUAUUGAAUUAAAUUCUAUCAAUAACUAAAUUGUAUGUUGGGCACCAUUGGAAACCGUAUUAUCAGUCUUUCCUUUCUACUAAUUUAUAUUCAGUGCAUUGAAAUUGUAACUUUGAAUUGCAACUUGUAGGAUCAAUUUAUAACCAAGUGAUAGUAUCUGUUCUGCAAAAAUGCUAUGAACACAGUAGGGAUUCACUAAAUGUUAUCAAAUGAGUAAAUAGUUUAAUAACUUAGGCAAUAAGAAUAUCUGGCUUAUGUGCCAAUGGUGACUUGAUAGGGAAAGAAGAUCAUCAACUUUGCCUAGGUAAUUAUUAUUUUGAAACUUGGAAGCUCUUUAGGGCAUUAGGCAAUUCAUCCUUAGUCAAAUAUAGCUAAAUAUUAAUUCUAGGGAGCAAUAAUAGUUCAUAGGAAAAUGCAGAUUUUUUUUGUAAGUCUUAAUUCUGUCAGAAACAAGGUGUAAAAUGAAAUGUUAUGGAAGGGAAAAGGGAAAGAAAUCCUUAAAUAAAAGGUGUACAUCAAGAAAAAAAUGUAUCUUUUAAAAAUAAACUUGUUAAAAACAGA